UUCUUUCCCUCGCGCCAGAUAGGCCGUACCUGUCCAACCUGUUUUUAAGAUUUGUGAAUGCUUACGGAGUCAUGCGUAUUUCUAUUGCGGAGUGGUGUUGGGUGUCAAUUCGGAACCUUUUUACACGCUACGCCCCAACGACUGGAAAGGAGCUCAGAUUGCGUUAUCAACAACACAGUUUGCUUCUAUUUUUUCUCUCACUCUUUCCAGAAGUCUAGCUUGGUUUGAGUAAACGACUCGCGCUACAUUAACUGACAAAGUGAUUAGGUUGUUUGUUUCUAUAUCUUACAACAUGACAGAAAAUUCAGGCUGGUAACAUUUACACGGACACUUCGUUUUUUGUCUCGGGUUCUGUUUCUGCUCAGUUCAUUACAGCAAACAAACGGGCGAAGAAACAGUUUUUCCCCCCGUUUUCGACCAUGAAAAGAGCACGGUUAUUUGUGUCCAUAUGCUGCGCUUUUUCGUAUUAGCUCGCAGCCGGCUGACUGGAUGGCCACCAUGCUUCUUGCGUCCGCCGUGGUCGUGUGGGAAUGGCUCAACGAGCACGGGCGGUGGCGGCCCUACAGCCCGUCCGUCUCCCACCACAUCGAGGCGGUGAUACGGAACGAUCCCCGGGUUGGGAGUGUCGUGCUAGGCCAAGUCGACAGCCGUCUCUCGCCCUACAUCCUAGACCUGCAGUCGAUGCACCAGUUCAGGCAGGACACAGGCACCAUUCGGCCGGUGCGCCGCAGCUUCUACGACCCCACGUCGGCGCCGGGUCAGGGCUGGUUGUGGGAGUGGGAGAACGACGCCGGCUCGUGGACUCAGUACGACACAGAGGUGGCCAUCGCCAUCCAGGCAGCCCGCGACCGCCAGCAGCCCUGGCUGGACCUGGCCCCGCUGGGCUUCUGCUACCUGGUGGACCUGCAGAGCAUGACCCAGGUCAACAGACAGACCCAGAGGCGGCGCAAGAUACAGCGGCGGUCCGACGUGGCCUACCCGCUUGUGUCCGGACCCGUGCCCAGGAACGGAGGGGCAGGCGGAGGCGGACCAACGGGAGCGCUGUUAGGGGUGGGGGUGUCGGGAGUCAACGGGGGCGUGGUCUACCCCAGCAGCGGUCCGGCCUCCGUGCAGUCCCUCGGCGGGCAGUCGUGUUCCUGUCAGCAGUGCAUGCUGGUGUUGAGCGUGAAGCAGAACGCCGGGGUGUCGGCGGCGCACACGUCUGGUUGCCGGCCGGCUAAACCGUCAAGCAAACCCCCCAGCCCCAAGUCGGCCACCCUGGGGAGGGGCCAGGCCAGGAGCCCCCCAGGCAAAUCGAACUCCUCCCCCUCCUACUCCAAAACCUUACCCCACGGUCUGUCCAUAUCCCGGAACCAGUCCUCGCCCCGACGGAAUGCCGCCCUGUUUGCCCGCUCCCUCUCCCUUCUCAGCGCCCAAACUGGCAACCUCUCCGUCUCCAGCCGCCCCCCCCCUCCCUCUCUCCCGCCACCCCAGCCGCCCUCCUCCAAUCUGGGCCGCCGCCCGUCAGCCCCGCCCAUAGGCCUGACGUCCGCCACCGGCCAGUCGGUGCCCACCGCCACGCUCGUCACGCCGUCAGCCACCGUGACUUCGCCGCCUUCGCCCGUGCCGUCGCCGUCCCCACGGCCAAUGGCGCCCCAGCGGUUAGCGGCGUGCUCCGCCCCUCUGCCCCAGCGCUCCAGCCUAGUCGGGCUCAGCCGACCGGCCCUGCAGCGGAUCGCCAUGGCUCAGUCACGGGCCCUCAUCGCCUCCGGCGUCCCCACCGUCCCGGUGAAGAACCUCAAUGGGAACAGUCCGGUGCACCCGGCGCUGGCGGGCAUCACCGGGAUCCUGAUGAGUGCGGCCGGGCUCCCCGUGUGCCUCACGCGGCCCCCGAAACUGGUGCUCCACCCCCCGCCCGUCAGCAAGAGUGACGUCAAGCCCGUCCCCGGCCUGGGUCACAGCUGCCGCAAGACCACGAAGAAACAGACCCGGAAAGGCAAGACUACAGAGGAGGUAGUGAAGAAGUAUCUGCAGAAAGUCAGGACUGCCCCAGAGGAGGACUGUACUAUAUGUAUGGAGGGCCUUCGGGGGCCUUCGGGCUACAAGGGGGGAGAAUCCGUUGGUCGCCUAGCCCAGUGUGGCCACCAGUACCACCUCCAGUGCCUGGUGGCCAUGUACAACAAUGGCAACAAGGACGGCAGCCUCCAGUGCCCCACCUGCAAGACCAUCUACGGCGUGAAGACUGGCAACCAGCCGCCGGGCAAGAUGGAGUACCACGUCAUCCCCCACUCGCUGCCCGGCCACCCCGACUGCAAGACCAUCCGCAUCGUCUACAACAUCCCACCGGGCAUCCAGGGCCCCGAGCACCCCAACCCGGGGAAGCCUUUUACAGCCAGAGGGUUCCCCCGCCACUGCUACCUCCCGGACAGCGAGAAAGGACGCAAGGUUCUCAGACUCCUGCUGACGGCGUGGGACCGGCGCCUGGUGUUCUCGGUGGGCACAUCAAGCACCACGGGCGAGUCGGACACGGUCAUCUGGAACGAGGUGCACCACAAGACGGAGUUCGGCUCCAACCUCACAGGCCAUGGCUACCCGGACCCCGGCCACCUGGACAACGUCCUGGACGAACUGAAAGCGCAGGGAAUCGCCGAGGAGGAGGAGCAAUGAUCACAGACAGGAGGCUUUGUUCGUUAGGACCCUACCGGCACUUAAAUGGGGGUGGAGGUUUGAGAAGGAGAGGAAGAUUUUCUGACAGUGAUUUCGGGGAGUUGCACAAGGGCAGCAGAGUGGGGAGGCUGUAUGAGUGACAGAACGGGGGGGGGUGUUAUGGCUUUGUUUUAGUUUAGGUGGGUGUUGACUAUGGCCUAAACGAUGAUUACACUUACUUGUACAGGUUGGUAGUAAAUCAUAUAAAGAUGAGAGUACUAAUUAUUAUUAACUAAUACAUUUACAGUACUAAAUGAAACUGAGAAGGAAAAGGAUAGAUGAGAUUGAGGGUGAGAAAGGAGAAUGAAUUGAGAGGAUGAAGGGAGGAGGAGUCCAGAAAGAAGGAAGCAAUUCGUGAGCAAACGAGAGAUGGCAAAGGAAUGUAGCUUAGGAUAGGUGUAGGACAAGUUAUAAAUGGUACUACUUUAGCAGAGCCACAGGAAAAGCCUGUGAAGAAAAAAAAUAGAGAGAGCAGGAGGAAUUCAGCCUGUGCCUAUAGUGACCAAAACCACCUGCUUGAAUUUAAAUAUAAAGUGACUUGUAGCCACCAUAACCAUUUGUUGGUACUCAGACGCCACCUAGUGUCUAAUCUAUUCAAAAACAUUCAAAACACUGAAUGUGAUCAGAAAAGAACAAAAAUAUUUUUUUUAUAUAUAUAUAUAUAUAAGAAUAUGUAUUUAAUGAUUACUCCACUUAUAUUUUGGUAAAAACUGUAUUAUUUUCAUUGUCUUCAUGUAACAUCAUUCUGUGUGUUAUACCUCUUACCAAUUAUUAGAAGUUUAUUUUUUCUUUCUACUGUGUGGUCAUGGUUGUUUUGUUAUUGUACAUUUACAGUACAAUACCACAGCUGUUAGCGCGGACAUUAUUAGGACUUCUUUACCAGCCAAUAUGGUAGUGUCUAUAAAGCAACCAUGAUGGGUACUCCUUUCCUUUAACUAUUCAGAUAGAUGUUGACACUGAACCAACCAAUGUCUUUCUGUUUUGUACUGUAUGUACGUGUUGUAUGUAUGGAAACGGGGGGAGGGGGGGGGUGCAUUUUCAAUAAAAACGAGUGCUGCUGACUUUUAUAAAGGAGACGAGCAUUUGAGAUUCCCUGGGACGCCGCACUUGACAAAGGGGCCAUGAUAUGAGCCGCCAGUGUUUGAAACCAGGCAGGAAACCAAGAACUUAAAGAUUGGGCAAGUUGUGGUGGGUGAGCAGGUGGUUGGAGAAGGAACAUAAUGGCUAAACUGUGUUCCGUUGUCGGUCAGACUAAAUCCACAACAUCCUGUAGUAUAGCCACACUCUUAAAAAUACGAAACAGGUUCUACCUGCUGACUCCAUGGCAUUGUUUCGAUUGUCUUAAGUGCGUCUGAUUGGGAGUGCAGUGUAAAAGCGUUUGUGUACCGCGUCGUCGGUACACAUUUAGCUCCUACCGGCUGACGGUGCCUUUUGGCCUUUUUCCUGAUCGAAACUCCCCUCACCACCCCCUGCCGUCCGUCCAGUCUCAAAGUUGGGUCUAUGAAUGACCUAUGUAUAAGGAUUUGACUAGACAGGUUUGUGGGUGUGGCUGCGUGCAUAUGGGUGUUUGUGAGCUCAUGCAUAUAACGUGUAUGCAUGCCUUUAUACUUGACAUGAUGCGUUUGAAUGUGUAUUGUCUGUACGUGAAAUGUUGUAAGGUACAAUUAUGCUACCAAACAGCUCAUUGGGUUCUUUUAACCCAUAUGUUGAUGAUUAUUUUUUUUGUCUAAUCCUAGUUAUAACAACUUUGUUGAUCAAAUGGUAGUGAGUUUUUUAUUUUUUUUAUUUUUUACAUAAGCAAUUGUAUGUCUAUAGUUUUUGGCAAAUCUCGUGAUCAAUUUUAUGAAAUAAUACAUUUCUUUUAUCCAUGGUGUGCAGACGUUCUGUGUUUAGCUACAGGUCUGUGCUCUUUGUGAAAAGAUAUUUCAAAGUAGACUUUUUCAGAGUGUAUAUAAUGUGACGUACUUUGAUACGAACCCCACGGAUGACCGACUCGAGACAGCAACUGCAUGUGCAGGUUUUUUUCCCAGCCAUGGUCUUCCCCAGUGGCUUCUGCUGUCCAUCUGAUGAUGGGGAACCUUAAUUAGUAUAUCUCUGGGGAUAUUCCACCCCUACUGUUCCCUUUUGCCCGUUCAGGUGAACUUGUCAUUCAUCUGCUAUUACAACCUCAAGUGUCUUUUGAUGUGUAAAGUUCUCGCACAGCAUUUUAGUCGUUUUUCCAAUUGGUUGUUUGAGGGGAACGAAAGACGUGUUUAGCUUCAUAUAUGCCUAGCGAGGAGAUUUGUGUAACGUAAAACAAAAAUAUGUAAAACAAAAUGAAAACCAAUUGCUGGAAUAAGAAUGAUGCAUACAGAAAUAAAGACAUUAA